AAAUUAUUUUUCCUUUUUCUAGACAAAUGAAAAUGAGACCUGGAGAGGUCCUUAUAGACUGCUUAGAGUCUGUUGAAGAUACCAAAGGAAAUAAUGGAGACAGAGGCAAAUUGCUUGUGACAAAUUUGCGGAUCAUUUGGCGUUCACUGUCAUUGCCCAGAGUCAAUCUCUCUGUCGGUUACAACUGUGUUAUAAAUAUAACUACAAGAACUGCCAACUCAAAAUUACGAGGGCAGACAGAAGCUCUGUAUAUAUUGACUAAAUGUAACAAUACUCGGUUUGAGUUCAUUUUUACCAAUGUUGUUCCUGGAAGUCCCAGACUUUUCACUUCAGUUAUUGCUGUGCACAGAGCUUAUGAAACUUCCAAAAUGUAUCGUGAUCUGAAGCUGAGAAGUGCAUUGAUUCAAAACAAGCAACUGAGAUUGUUACCACAAGAACAAAUAUAUGAUAAAGUCAAUGGAGUUUGGAAUCUGUCAAGUGACCAGGGGAAUUUGGGAACAUUUUUUAUUACUAAUGUGAGAAUAGUUUGGCAUGCAAAUAUGAACGACAGCUUUAAUGUCAGCAUACCAUAUCUACAAAUUCGUUCAAUAAGAAUGAGAGACUCAAAGUUUGGCUUGGCACUUGUGAUAGAGAGUUCUCAGCAGAGUGGAGGAUAUGUACUUGGUUUUAAAAUAGACCCUGUAGAGAAACUACAGGAGGCAGUGAAAGAGAUUAAUUCACUUCACAAAGUUUAUUCAGCUAAUCCUAUAUUUGGAGUGGAUUAUGAAAUGGAAGAAAAGCCUCAACCCCUUGAAGACCUAACAGUGGAGCAGGUUCCAGAUGAUGUGGAAAUAGAAGCUGAUGAACAUACAGAUGCUUUUGUGGCUUAUUUUGCUGAUGAAAACAAGCAACACGAUCGGGAGCCUGUUUUUUCAGAAGAACUGGGACUUGCAAUAGAGAAGCUAAAGGAUGGAUUCACACUCCAGGGACUCUGGGAAGUAAUGACCUGAUUUAGAUUGGCACAAGUUUGUUUCUUAAGCAGGGUGAAACUCUCAGUUCCUGCUGUAGAAGAUAAUUUAGAAAUAUCGUAGUAGCAGAGAAAGAACAUGCCUAAGCUAAAGAGCAGGCAAAUAUUAUAUAAUAAGUCCUCAGGCUAUUUCAUAAAAGAAGAAUUAUUCAAAAACCCUGUACACGUAAGAGCUUUGCGUUCCUUGUGUUGUCUGUGUAAGCAGUGGGAGGAGAGCCCUCUGAGGCAGCCGGGGCGGGGCGCAGCUGCUGCGGGAUGCGCUGCCCCCUGCAGGCCCCCUCGCUCGGGGCUGUCGGGACCUGUGAACUCCCUCUGCCACUGGGAGCACCUGGGAGUCCCUCCGCACGGCAUGGCAGUGCCUUUUGACACACCUGUAACCUCUGCCGCUUUCAGCAUUGUCCUUUUUUUCCCUCCCUUGACAACACAAAUUCGGCCAUGGUGUUUCAGACACCAUUUUAUGGCAGGUAGCCACCAAUUUUUUUAUAACUUAAUGGCUUCUGUGUUUUUGUACUGCCCUUUGGCUGCCAGGACCAGACACUGCUUGCCAUUUUACACAGCACGAUGUCAGAAAAGUAAGCCUCCUCUUUUUCUGCACAUGGAGACUACUGUCUGACACAGGGCAGUGUGAGGUAUGCAGUUGAAUGCUCAAUUUCUAGUAUUCAUGUAUUUAUAUAGAGUGAUGUACUUUCAUAUAAUGAUUAUGUUUGAAUUAAAUUUCCAUAACUUUUUUAAUGAUUUGCAACACAGAAAUACCAUCACAUAUAGAACAUUUUGUAUGUAUGCAUAUUGGCUGUGUUAUUGAUAGAUUUAAGAAAAAGCAAUUCUGUUCCAAAUAAUAGCUUUCAUAUCUCAUAAUUUUGCUAAAUGUUCAGCACGUACUAUUCCAAGUAUUUAAUUUUAAUCAAUUUAUCCUCAUAGAGUUGUUUGUUUGUUUGUUUUUGCUAGAGCACUUUUUAAAGCAAUGAUCUGUAAAACAGGGCACAUGCAGAUAGCUUCUGUGUGUGUCAUUAGACCUUUUAUGAUGUUAUGUGUUAUAUAGAAAUGAGUCAUUUAUUGUUUAAAGGAAGACACAGCUGUUACGUUUUCUAGUGAGAUAAAACCUCUGUGCUGUUUUCUAUAAAUGGAAAAAAGUCAAAUGAGAUCUCCUCAGCUGUUCUUUCAGCAGCUGACUGUUAAAGUAACUGUGGUGUGAAUGUAAUACUGGUGUUUGUAGAAAAUCUUUCAAAGUAUAUAUUUUAAUGAUAUACUACCUAUAUUGAAAAGCAGUCAUUACUUCAAUAAACUUUAAUAAUAUUA